UUUUCUUUUGCUGUCCUAGAAACAGCCCGGAGAUUAUUUCUGUCUUUUGUUUUUGUUUCAAAAUGAGCAAAACCGAGAAACCUUUAUCCACUCUUUGGGGUUGUGAACUCAAUGAAUCUAAUAAAGAAGAGUCCUUCAAGACUGAUGACACGAACCAUCAGCACCAGCUGGCACUGAGAACGAUGUGUCUCGGUCACACCGCCAAAGAUGAGUUCAAUAUUGUCGAGCUGGUCACCGGUGAGGGAAACAGUAGCGCCAAGGCGGUUCCCAUAGCAACGCUUCACGCGAAAUCCAUGCCAACGGUUAACCUGUCUGGUUUGGAUCUUCAUCCACCGGUGACCUUUCGCCUGAAGCACGGCUCUGGUCCGGUGUUUGUCGGAGCGGAGCAUGUGGCCUUGGAGGAGUACUCUGAUGAAGAAGAGCUGGACGAGGAGAUGGACGAGGAGGUAGAAGAAGAGGAGGAUAUCGAAGAAUCGCCUGUUAAGAAAGUCACCAAAAACAGUGCUGGCAAAAGAAAGAAGCCAGAGAAGGGAGAAGAUGAGGAAGCAUCAGAUGGUGAAAAUCCACCAAAAAAGGGUAAAGGAAGAGGGCGGAAGGCAAAGGCGUGACCAGGUGUGGAGGGAAGUGUGCUUCCUCAAAGGCCACUGCUGGACACUUGAUUUGGGAGCUGUAACUUCUCACUAUGGUCCUGCUGUAGCUCUGCUUCAUCAAUAAAGUGUUGAAGG